AUGUCUCUCAAGAAUCUCUUCGCCAUUAUUCUCGCCAUCCCCGCCAUCAUGGCCGCCCCCACCGCGGAAGCUAAAGUGGCCGGCAGAGAGGUCCUAGCCUGCGCUUGUGCCAACGCGGCGGGCGAGACCAAGAUCGACGGCUACUGUCAAUACAUUGCCGGCGGAAAUGUCGAAGUUGACGGCCGAGACUACUGCUUCCCUGCCGCGACGUGGUCAGAGUACAUGGAGACUCGCUUCACAGAUGACUUCUGCCCUGGCUACUAUCCUGGGUACACCAAGGGUGUUUGCAAGACUGUCUCGGUUUGCCCACUGAUUGGUGACUACCAGAAAAUCUGCUAA